GAAAUCUUGCCAAGAAAAUGUAAGGACUUGUCCAGGAAGUUGCCAGAAGCCAAGACUAACUUGAAGCUUCGGUUAAUAGGAGAUCAAUGAUGGAGUUAAUCAACCUCUGGAGCAAGUUGGGUAUGUUUUUUGGCAUUUUGAGUUGGUCUGCCUGGAUCAUGUUAAAUGUCCUCCCCAUCCCCGUUUCCUCAAGCCCAUUAGGAAAAGAGUUCCUCACUGCAUUCAUGCAAAAUGGUUAUCCACAAAGGUUCCAGGGAGAAUUUAAGCUUCUCAUCACAGGUUCCGUUCAGGCCACAUCUGUUACUGUCUUCAUGAAACAACCUGCGCUGAGGGUAACGGUCAUCGCGAACGCUGGAGAAACACUCUCAGUGAAAAUCCCAUCAGAGGCUGAGAUGGUUGGAAGCAACAUUUUUGACAAUACACUCACCAUCCGGGCUGACAAUGAUAUCUCCGUUGUUUCCCUUUCCUACAAACCGCACUCCGCUGGCACCACUAUUGUCUAUCCCAUGGAAAGCUUGGGUACUGAAUAUUAUGUCAUGACACCAAAUGUGGGUACCGAUCGCUACCGAGAAUUUGCCAUUAUAAGCUGGGCAGAACCCACAUCAAUUGAGGUCUCCCUGAAAGGUCCUGUGACUUUCCAAGGAAAACCCUACUUACGAGGAAGCAAGUUGACCAUCUCCCUUCAACCUUAUCAGGCUGCUCAGUUCCAAGGCCAAGUGGACCUCUCUGGUACUAAAAUAGUCUCCGAGAAACCAGUGGCUGUCUAUACUGGACAUACAUGCGUCUCCAGGCAAAUCCAGUGUGAUCAUGUCCUUGAACAGCUUUUGCCUGUUACUAGCUGGGGUACCAAGUUCAUUGUUCCCUCUUUACCUUUUAAUACAGAGUAUGACAUUGUGUAUGUUUCUGCUUCCCAAAGCACUCGGGUUGAUGUCCAGAAUGGACAAAUCAAGAAUACCAGAAUUUUGCAGGCUGCCCGGGUAGUAUUUUAUGGCAUUCAAGGCACAACUGCCAUGUCCAUCUCAGCUAGUUCUGGCAUCCAAGUUAUGUUUUUCAGUGACGGUGGCACCUUUGGGAAUCUUAAAUACGAUCCAUUCUUCAUGGCAAUACCUGAUAUCUCCAGCUACUGCCUGGCCUACAACACCUAUAGUAGUGACCAGUUUGAGAACUAUGCCCUGAUCAUUGCCAAAUCUUCAGAAAUUUCCGGGAUCAUUGUGGACAGCAGGCCGUUGCCCACUUUGCAAUGGCAUGUAGUCUCUGGCACCGAUUACUCUUGGACUGCUCACAGCUUAGGCCAAACGCAAAAUACCAUCCACAGAAUAGAACAUCCCAGCUCCCCUUUUGGGCUGUUGAGUGUCGGGAUUGCAAAUGGAAAGGCUUGCGGUUCUCCCGCGGUUUGCGCAAAUGAUCCCUGCAGAACGCUCAAGUGCAGGACCAAAGAAGUAUGCAAAAUACUACAGGAUCAAGCAACUUGCAUCCAUAAGUACACGGGAACCUGUGUGGGCACCACAGCCAAGUAUUUCCAGACUUUUGAUGGCCUCUUUAUGGAUUUUAAAGACUCUGGCACAUAUAGCAUUGCACAGUAUUGUGGCAGCGACCCAAAGCUUGAGCCCUUCAAGGUUGAAGAGAAGAACAGCAAGAUGGACAAUCAGGGUGUUUUCAAGCUCCAGCAAAUCUGUAUCAAAGUGUAUGAUCACAGUAUUACUAUUGACAAGGAAGAAGAUGUCCGCAUAACGGUCAACGGUCUGGAGGUCAACAUCCCUACCACGGUGGUAAAUGGCAAAGUCAAAAUCAGCCAGAGCAACGGACAUCUCACCAUUGCAACCGAUUUUGGCCUUCAGCUAUCAUUUGACAACAACUGGGCUAUUGUGGUGACUCUCCCCAGCAGCUAUUAUGGAACCACCUGUGGGCUCUGUGGGAACUUCAACGAGGUAAGAACAGAUGACAUGGUUGAUCUUAAUGGCACACAAGUGUCCUCCAUCAUGGCCUGGGCCAGUAAGUGGAAAGUCGAUGACCAAGAUCCUGCUUGCUCAGAUUCCUGUCAAGGAAACUGCUUGGCUUGUGAUGACAGCCAGAAGGAGUUUUAUGGCAGUGGGAAAUAUUGUGGAAUUAUUAGCCAUCUUUCAACCGAACUUUUUGGGGCGUGUCAUUCUAUUGUGGACCCCGCCAGCUACUACAAUGACUGCAUCAACCGAAUGUGUGUAAACCAAAGGGACAAUGAUGUGCUGUGCCAAGCAGUGGAGGCUUAUGCCACGGCCUGUGAAGAACGGGGCAUCCUUGUUAACGAAUGGAAAAAGUCAUCUGGCUGUGGUCAAGACCCAACUGACCACCACACAAACGAGACAAUUGAUGAAGCUCACAUUUGCCCUGAGAACAGCCACUAUGAAGCCUGUGGAAAUGCUUGCCCAGAUACCUGCUCUGAGCCUUCAGCCUCCUCUUUCUGCACACUGAAUUGUGUACCAAAUUGCCAGUGUAACAGUGGUUAUGCCCUGCAUGACAGCCGGUGUGUCCCUGUUGAAAGCUGUGGCUGCCUCUACAAUGGCGUCCAGUACGAACUGGGAGAAGAAUUCUGGGAAGACGAGAACUGCCUUUCCCGCUGCAAGUGUGACCUCAGCCAGGGGACGGUAAACUGCUGGAAGGCCAGUUGUAAGGCCAAUCAAAAAUGUACCACGGUCAACGGCAUGCACCACUGCAAAGGGUCAGCUUACUCCACCUGCAUUGGAACUGGAGACCCUCACUAUACUACCUUUGAUGGGCGGAAGUAUGACUUCCAGGGUAGCUGCGUUUAUCAGAUGGCGGGGAUCUGCUCCGAGGACAGCAGUCUCACCCCGUUUUCAGUCAUAGUAGAAAACAACAAUCGAGGCAAUAAGGCUGUGUCCUUUACCAAAGUCGUGACUUUGGAAGUCUACAAUAUGAUCCUCAGCCUGAGCCAAGAGCAUCCACGCAAAAUCCAGGUUAAUGGAGUCUUGUUGGACCUUCCCUUCUCCUAUGAAAAUAAAUUGAAGGUCUACACCAGUGGGGUCCAUGGCUUCAUCAAGACAGACUUUGAUCUGCGUGUCAGCUUUGACUGGUACAGCUAUGCCCGGGUCAUCAUUCCAAAAACCUAUGCCAAUGCACUCUGUGGCCUUUGUGGUAAUGCCAAUCAAGAUCCAAGUGAUGACCUUCUCACGAAAGAGGGAACGCAAGCAGAGGAUGAAAUCCAAUUUGCAAACAGCUGGCAGGUGAAGGAGGUCCCGGGGUGCUCCACAGGAUGUACUACUAACUGUCCAGUCUGUAAUGAUGAGCAGAAGCAAAUCUACAAGGGAGACCAAUUCUGUGGCAUCCUGAUAAAAAAGAACGGACCGUUCAGGCAAUGCCAUAAAAUGAUCGAUCCAACGUCCUACUUUGACGAUUGUGUCUUUGAUACCUGUGUGUACAAGGGCCAUCGUGAUACCCUCUGUGGUGCCAUCAGUGCCUACGGAACAGCUUGCCAAGCUCUGGGCGUCCAAGUUAAGCCAUGGAGAUCAGCUUCUUUCUGCAGUCUUCCUUGUCCACGUAAUUCCCACUACGAACCCUGUGGAAAUGGCUGCUCUGCCACUUGUCAGAGUCCCUCAGCUCCAGAAACCUGUAAAGCUCCCUGCGUGGAAGGAUGUUUUUGUGACUCUGGAUUCAUUCUGAGUGGAGAUCAAUGUGUUCCCAUUGCUGAGUGUGGCUGUACGCACCAGGGCAGGUACUACAAGAAGGGAGAGGAGUUCUACCCUACCACCUCUUGCCAGGAGAAGUGUCAUUGUAUGGACAAUGGAGCGAUUGAAUGCCACCAGUUCUCUUGUGGUGCUUAUGAGGUGUGCAGGAUGGAAAAUGGGAUCCAAGGUUGUCAUCCUCUAGGAUAUGGAACCACCACAGCUACUGGUGACCCUCAUCACAUUUCCUUUGAUGGGCAAAGUUUUGAUUUCCAUGGCUCCUGUACUUACAUCCUAGCCAGAGUAUGCAGCAAGGAUCCCCGAUUAGUGCAAUUCUCAGUGUUGGUGGAGAAUGAGAAGCUUGAAGGUUGGCGUGCAUCGACAAGAAAAGUUAUAAUCUCAGUGCAAGGAUAUUCCAUUGUCCUUGAAAGGGGAAUAAAGUGGAAGACCAUGGUGGAUGGAGAGUAUUAUACAUUGCCAAUGAGCACCAUUGAUGGAAAACUUUGGAUCACACAAGAAGGGAACAACAUCAUUGUCCAGUCACCUCUUAUUCUCAGAGUCCUCUAUGAUGCUUCCUCACAUGUCCACGUCUCAGUUUCUAGCACGUAUCAUGGGCACCUGUGUGGCUUGGGUGGCAACUUCAAUAGUGACCAGAGUGAUGAUUUUAUGCUGUCUAACGGAAAAAUAACUCAAAGCAUGGAUGAGUUCGGUGCUUCCUGGAAAGUUCCUGGGAACGGUGGUCAAUGCUCUGACGGUUGUGGGGAGAACUGCCCCACCUGUCAUGCUACCCAGACUGCACCCUAUGAAACGGAAAGUUCUUGUGGAAUGAUCCGAUCCAAGACAGGUCCCUUUAAAGCCUGCCACCCAUUGGUUAGCCCCGUUGACUACUUCAGAUUUUGCCUCCAUGACAUGUGUUUGGCCAAUGGAGCAGGAGAUACCUUGUGUCAAAGUCUUCAAGCCUACACGGUUGCAUGCCAGCUAGCUGGAGCCAAUGUUGGACCUUGGAGAUCAACGUCCUUCUGUUCUCUUUCCUGCCCAGCUCACAGUCAUUACAAGUUGUGUACUCGAUCCUGUGACUUCACAUGUGCUGCUUUAUCUGCCCCAACUCACUGCACAGGAGAAUGUUUUGAAGGCUGCCAGUGUGACAAUGGCUACGCCUUUGAUGGGGAGGAAUGUGUGUCUCUGGAUAAGUGCGGAUGUGUUUAUGAAGGGCGUUACAUCAAGGCAGGGGAGACUCUCCUCUCCAAUGACUGCUCCGAGAAGAACACUUGCCACCCAUCUAACCAACUCAUCCGUGUCAAGAACCACUGUGCUGCGGGAGAGACGUGUAUGCUCACAGCCAAAGGGUACGGCUGCGUAAGGCAGGAAGGCCGCUGCACUCUCAGCCCAGAAACGUGGUUCAGCUCCUUUGAUGGAGUCCAAGGGAAGCUUAUCACCAGUGGUGUUUACAAGCUGGCAUCCUAUUGCGAUGAGGACUCGCCUACCUGGUUUAAACUGGUGGUGGAUAUCAAUGAUUGCGACGAUCACCUGGUGCCCGCUGCUACCGCCAUCUACGUCUUCUUCCGGGAAGCAUUCAUCACGGUGACCAACUUCAAGGAGACUUGGGUCAAUGGACUCUUGGUCCAGUUGCCCCACACCAUCUCUUCGGCCAUCUCUAUCACUGAAGCUCAGGACAGCAUCGUCAUCAAUCAAAACUCCCAGCUACAGAUUCUCUACAGUCCCAAUGGGAAAAUAACCGUGAAGGUCACCAGCAACCUGGCAGGGAAGUUAUGUGCCCCUUGUGGGAACUUCAACAACGACACUUCGGAUGACUUAAAGCUGCCUAAUGAUCAGAUGGCAGAUAACAUCGCUGAGGUUGUCGAUGCUUGGAAGGCCAGAGAUUUCUUAGGAUGUUACUAAUUCCCAAGAGAACUGAUGCUGUUUUGAAUGAUUGCUUCCCGUUCUAAGGACAGGCCGGCUGUGAUCCCUCCCUUGCCACGAGGCCUCUUCAGAUGUCACUUACUAGGAAGGAACCUCAACGGAGCAUGACAGAACAAUAUUUACUCCCUCCCCACUACUCAGAAAGUGUCUACUACCCGAUUCCACCGCCAUUUACUGACUCAUCCUGAAACUGUGACCAAAGUCCCUUGCCACCAACUUUACUAUCAGAGUUAUGUGCUUUUGUGCAGAGAACAUUGUGGACGGACAUAGAACUAUUUAUAGCAAGAGAAGGCUAGGCAUCUUUUUACCACUUAAUGACAUUUCUAGAAUGGGGUGAAUAAUAGCCAGAAUCAGACUCAAUGCCUUUAUUCACCAAUCUCUCUCUCUCUCUCUCUCUCUCUCUCUCUCUCUCUCUCUCUCUCUCUCUCUCUCUCUCACACACACACACACACACACACACACACACACACACACCACAUCUUGGAAAGCACCAAUACCAUCAGCUCAAUCUUGUCACACUCUUCUCUUCUCACUAUGUAGGUGGAAUGCCUUUAAAAGGUGUUUUCUGUGUCAGAUAUGUAUUUACCUUGGCACACCCAAUGUUUAUCGGAUGUUCAUCUCUGGAUUAGGGCACUUUACACUUCCCAAUCCUUGAUAAAGCAGUUUAAAUGCAACAGGAACAAGGGAAUCAGUAAGGAACACCAAAAGUGAUCGGAGCCCAAAUUUCAGCAGACCAAUAACAAAAAAAUAAAGAACAACAUCCAGUGAGUAUCCUGCCUCCUCUGUACUAUCAAAAAUGGUGGGGUAACAAAAUCCUUAUCCACCCCAUGUGUCAUACAAAUGGAAAUAAAACAAUCAGUGUGCUUGAUCCAUUGAUCAUGGUUUGGAAAACAUCUGAGCAGUUACUAUGAGGAAAAGCUUUCAGUUCCAAACUACCAUUCCAAUGAAACAUUUAAAAGUCAUGAAGGUGAAAUUAUAAUAUGUUAUCAGCCAUACUGAUUUCUUCCCAAAAGUUGUCACAAAGGUUUAUUGGAUGGAAGGACAGAAAAAUCAAAACAAUGCAUAUGUACAAGCGUCAGGAACAAAAAUGUUCCAAAAAUUGAACCAUUUACACAGCUUAAAUUUCAUUUCAUCAGUUGUUUCCAAAGCAGCAAUUCUUAAUUCUUUUAAUGACUCCUUUGCUAUCAGCUAUUAAUUACUGAGCUGUGUGGUGUCAAAAUUCUGGUCCAGAGGAAAUACUUUAUUUCAAUUUUUAGACCUUAUAAACUAGAAAGCACAAUUUAUCUCUUUAUCGUGCCUUAAUAUUUUUUUUAAAGAAAUCUAAUCAGCAGCCUUGCAUGAUUUCAGCCCCAGGAUGCUAUCUGUGGACAGAAUGACUUCUCCAGAAACAAUUCUGCAGGUAUAGAGAUAGAUAGAUAGAUAUUUUAUUGACACAGUUUGGGGUUUUUAUAAUGCCUUCUUGGGGCACUGCAGAUAAAGCAUCUUUAAGGGCACAGCAGCAGAGAGCCAUGGUCACUUGUGGAGGUUGAUGGACUGGAUCGACCUUUUGAAUUAUUGCUUGCUAGAAAAGAGAAAGAAAAAAUAAAUUGGAUUAUUAUCGA